UUUGUCAACGUUAAUCAAUGGAGAAGGUGAAUGUGCAGCUUGGAGCUGCCCAUCAAGGCUCCGAGGCAACGCUGAGUCGCGCAGAGGACUUCAAGGAGAAGGGAAACGAUGCAUUAAAGGCGUUUAAGUUCCCUUUGGCCGUCGAGAUGUACACGACGGCGAUCUCGCUCAUCCCAACGGCCAUCUACUACUCGAACCGUGCUGCCGCCCACAUCAAAAUGGAGAGCUACGGUCUAGCGCUUGAAGAUGCGUCCGAAUCCAUCAAGAUCGAUCCUUCCUACAUCAAAGCGUACUACCGUCGCGCAUCGGCGAACCUCCCUCUCGGUCAUUUGAAGGAUGCAUUGCGGGACUACCGCACGGUCGUCAAGAUGAAGCCGACAAGUGCUGAGGCCAAGAGCAAGAUGAAGCUGUGCGAACAGUUGAUCCGCCAGGCUGCGUUUGCCGAAGCCAUUCAGUCCGAACGCCAUCGUCCCUUGAGCGAAACCAUCGACGUGUCUGCCAUGGUCGUGGACUCGUCAUACGAUGGCCCGCACCUUCCGGAGACCCCCCCAUCGACCGAGUUCAUCACGGACGUGUUGGAUCACUUCAAGCGCGGGAAGCUUUUGCAUCGAAAGUACGUGCUGCAGAUCCUCCUCUCGAUGAAGUCGAUGCUGCAAGCGUUACCGAGUCUUCUCCGCAUCCCGUUGGGCUCGGACGCCCAAGCGCACAUCACCGUCUGCGGCGACACCCACGGCCAAUUCUACGACGUGUGCAAUAUCUUUGCCCUGAACGGCCUUCCCAGCGAAACCAACCCGUACCUGUUCAACGGCGACUUUGUCGACCGCGGGUCGUUCAGCUUGGAAGUGGUGCUCACACUAUUUGUGAUGAAAUUGGCGUUCCCUGGCCACGUGCACCUUCUGCGCGGCAACCACGAGUCCAAAAACAUGAAUAAGAUCUAUGGCUUUGAAGGCGAAGUCAAGCACAAGUACGACGACGUUGUCAUGAACUUGUUCAGCGAAGUGUUCAACUGGCUGCCCCUCGCCGCAUGCAUCGAGUCCAAAGUACUCGUCGUACAUGGCGGCCUCUUCCACCAAGAUAACGUCACGCUUGCAGACAUUGAAAAGAUCGACCGCAACCGAGAACCCCCCGAGAGUGGUUUGAUGAGCGAUUUGAUGUGGAGCGACCCGCAACCGUUCCCUGGACGAGGACCGUCGAAGCGUGGGAUUGGAUUGAGUUUUGGGCCGGAUGUGACCAAGUCGUUCUUGGCCCACAAUAAUUUGGAGUUGCUCGUACGGUCGCAUGAAGUCAAGGACGAAGGCUACUUGGUCGAACACGACGAAAAGUGUAUCACAGUGUUUAGUGCCCCCAACUACUGUGACCAAAUGGGCAACAAAGGGGCGUAUAUUCGGUUUUACCGGGACCUGAAGCCCCGAUUUACCCAGUUCACGGCUGUGGAACACCCUCCGAUUCGACCGAUGGCGUAUGCUGGCAACAUGGGCGGUAUGUUUGGGUUGUAAAAAGACCAUCCCCCAGCUUUCGGCUGGUUAGGUCGGGAUUCCACUUUUCAACCAGAAUACUAGUAAUGUAUAUCAUUUCUCAGAGGUCUACCUGC